AUGAACCCAGAAAUUGAAUUUUGUUAUAAUUUUAUAAAGGAGAAUCCUGGACUUUCCUAUGAUGAUAUUGUAAAAGCAUUUCAAGAAUCACAAAGCAAAGGAAAGGAAAUAGAUAAAGACUUAUUGCCUGAAUCUCAUAUUAAAGAAAUGGAAAUCGUCCGGAGGGCUUUUGAUAGGGAAUUUCAAAAUCCAAACGAUCUUUUAGAAAGGUUUCUAAACUACAUUGAUAAAUGCUCACAUGAAUAUCAUUUGUAUAAUACAAUAUAUUAUGCGCCUUAUGUGACCUUAACACAAGCUAGCGGAACAGGAAAAUCCAAAUUAUUGAAAAAGGUUGCAGAAAAUGUCACAACCAUAUAUUGCUGUUUGCGUGAUUAUAAUUCAAAUGGAUACCCAUUUAGAUCAUUUAUCACUAAUGUACUGUUAAAGGUUAAAUUUGAGUUUUCAGUACUACCACCAAAAAAAUAA